AUUUCUGUCCAACACAUCAUUCGAGGGCCAGAGUGGGUUUAUAUCCAAAAACACUAACAGCCAGAAAGUUAUGUCAGAGUCGCAUCACUACAUCUGGUCCCUUCAGCUGGACCCCCUGGGCCAGCCAACCUGGACUCGCCUGGGACGGUGGAGACGGGGGAAUGUUCUAAUGGACCAGGGAGCCUGGCCAAUCCAUCAUGGUUCUGGGGGCGGCGGUGACUGGCGUCGAUCCACGCGGCUUCACAUGCGGGUGGUAACUCUGGUGGAGCACCCGUUUGUAUUUACUCGUGAGGUGGAUGGGGAUGGGUUGUGUCCUGCAGGCCAGUUGUGCCUCGACCCUCUGACCAAUGACUCUUCAGUUUUGGCCAGACUUUUCAAGAACCUUUCAGGGCGCAAUGUAUCUGUUCCAACAGAGCAUAAGAAGUGCUGUUAUGGAUACUGCGUUGACCUGCUGGAGAAGCUGGCAGAGGACAUGGGAUUCACUUUUGACCUUUACAUUGUUGGUGAUGGGAAGUACGGGGGGUUCAAGAAUGGUCGCUGGACAGGAUUGGUGGGUGAUCUGCUCAGUGGCGCUGCCCACCUGGCAGUGACUUCUUUUAGCAUUAAUUCAGCCAGAAGCCAAGUUAUUGACUUCACCUCACUUUUCUCCACCAGCCUUGGAAUUCUGGUUCGGACUCGUGAUACAGCAGCCCCCAUUGGUGCCUUCAUGUGGCCUCUCCACUGGUCCAUGUGGCUCGGCAUCUUUGUCUCCCUCCACGUCACAGCUGUUUUCCUCACCCUGUAUGAGUGGCACAGCCCAUUUGGUAUGACACCACGAGGACGCAACCGCGACCGGGUGUUCUCCUUCUCAUCAGCGCUCAAUGUGUGCUACGCUAUUCUUUUUGGGAGAACAGUGGCUAUCAAGCCACCUAAGUGCUGGACAGGCCGUUUGCUGAUGAAUCUCUGGGCCAUCUUUUGUCUGUUCUGUCUGUCCACCUAUACUGCAAAUCUAGCUGCUGUCAUGGUCGGGGAGAAAACCUAUGAGCAACUGUCGGGGAUACAUGACCCAAAGUUGCACCAUCCCUCUCAGGGAUUUCGAUUUGCCACAGUGAGAGAAAGCAGUGCAGAGGACUAUCUCAAAAAGAGUUUCCCUGAGAUGCAUGAGUACAUGAGAAGAUACAAUGUCCCAGCAACACCAGAUGGCAUACAUAAUCUCAAGGCUGACCCUCAGAAACUGGAUGCAUUCAUUAUGGACAAAGCUCUACUGGAUUAUGAAGUCUCCAUCGAUGCAGACUGCAAGACACUAACAGUUGGAAAACCCUUUGCAAUUGAAG